CGCAUCAUACAUAUCAUCUCCAGGCAGGGCCGCGUCUUCGAAAUGUCGCUGAACGCUCAACGAAAGCAGGAGAAGGAUUACACGGAAGACGUCAAGAGUCUGGUGCCAAUAGCCGAGGACUUAGCCAAGUCUGGAAAGUUGCAGGAUGCAAUCGAUCAGAUCACAGCGCUGGAGAAGCAGACGCGAAAUGCCGCGGACAUGUCUUCCACUGCGACUCUGCUCGUCUUGAUCGCUCGACUGUCUUAUCAAGCGGGUUCACUCGAUACGCUCAAUACUCAGCUCACUGUCAUGUCAAAGAAGCAUGGUCAGCUGAAAGAGGCCGUAGUGAGAAUGGUGGAUGAGGCUAUGAAGUGGUUGCCGGAAUUGAAAGCGAAGAAAGAUGCUGGAGAGUAUAAGGCCGGCAAGGAUAGAUGGUUGGAACUCCUCGACACCCUGAGGGACAUUACCGAGGGCAAGAUCUACCUUGAAUUGGCUCGAGCACGAUUGACAGCCAUGUUGGCGAGUUACCAUGAAUUCCUCGCCGCCUCUGCUCCAGAAGCAUCCAGCUCCAAAACUCCAUCCUCAUCCACCUCUUACGAUCUGCCCAGCAAAGGGGAUGCCAAAGCCGAUCCAGUGACGAAGCGGGAUCACCUGGACCGAGCAGCGGAUCUCAUGUCGGAUAUUCAGGUCGAGACGUACAGCAGUAUGGACAAGGGGGAGAAGACCAACUUUAUCUUGGAGCAAAUGAGAUUGGAGAGUCUGAGGGGGAAUUGGGUCAGAGUUAGAGUUGGAUCGAGGAAGGUCAACAGGGUAUUUCUGAAAGAGCCGGAUAGUGCGGAUCUCAAGUUGAGGUACUUUGAUCUCCUUGUCGAAUUGGCGCUGCAGGACGAAGCAUAUCUGGAAGCAUGUAAUGCUUAUCAAGAGGUAUGGGACACAGAAGAGGUGAAGAAAGAUGAGGCCCGGACCAUGAACGUCAUUGAGAAUAUCAUGAUCUACGUCAUUCUAGCCCCAUAUGACAAUGAGCAAUCUGAUAUGCUGCAUAAGCUCUAUGCAGAUCCCGCUCUGCAAAAGUCCCCUGUCUAUUUUGAUCUCGUCAAAUGUUUCAUCACCAACGAGUUGAUGCGCUGGCCAGGGAUUGAAUCGAUUUAUGGUCCCACACUGCGCCAAUCUCCAGUCUUUGCGUCUGGGUCUGAAUUGGGGAGGAAGACUGGAAUCAAAGCGGAUGAAGACAAAUCCCGUGAUAAUGGACUGAGCCCAGGCGAUCACCGCUGGGAAGAGCUGCACAAGCGCGUUGUCGAGCAUAACAUUCGAGUCAUCUCCAAAUACUACACCAAAAUCACCAUGUCUCGGUUGACGGAAUUACUCGAUUUACCUCCCAUCAGCGCCGAGAGGACGCUCUGCAAGCUCGUGACUGACAAGACCAUUUAUGCUCGAAUCGAUAGACCCAAAGGCAUCGUAUCGUUCAAGCCGAGACAGUCUGUCAAUGCGACGCUAAACAGCUGGAGCGAAGAUGUCGGCAAGGUCUUGAACUUGGUAGAGAAGACAAGUCAUUUGGUUUCCAAGGAGUACGCCAUGCACGAAGCCAGUCAAGGCAAAAAGGUGGCCGCUAAAUGAGCAAACGGUCGGCAGGAUGGAUGAAAGAGUAUUGCGAAGAGACGAUAUUGGCAUUGCAUGAAAUGAGCCGUUUGAACA